UAUAAAGAGGACCAAAAUGUGUGCGCUUACAUUCGAACAUAAAUAUAAUAAUUUCAACUUUCUACUAUCCAAUACUAAUGUCUCUUCAUCUUCUUUCUCUAUCCCCCUUGCCUUCUAAGCUUUACAUUCCCAAAAAUUUCACAACAAAAUCCCCAAGAUUAUGCUAUUGUGGCAUAAGAUCUCAAGUUGAAAGACCAUCACCAAAUUAUUACAAGCCUACCAUUUGGACUCAUGAUUUUGUCAUGUCCUUGAAAGUUAAUAAUGUGGUAUACAUAUAAUUCCCACUAUAAUAUAUAUAUUUAUUAUGAUAUAUAUUCAUUACACAAGUGUACUAGAAUUUAUUAAUGGAUGUUGGAUGAAGUAUUGCAAGAGAGGGCGGAGAAGAUGGAAGAUGAAGUGCGGAGUGCGAUGGGUGAAGUGUUGAUUCGGCCAUGGCAAGUGCUUGAACUGAUAGAUGAGGUGCAGAGGUUAGGGCUUGGCCAUCGUUUUGAAGAAGACAUAUUGGAAGCUCUUGAAAGAAUAGUUUCUUCUAUAGGACUUGACAAUAUUAUUGCUGCAUCACCUCAAAAGUGUGGUCUUGUUUUCAAGCUUUUCAGGCAACAUGGUUUCGAGGUUUCUCAAGACAUCUUUAGCCAUCUCAUGGAUGAAAAUGGAGAAUUCAUUCCGACCAUACAAAGUGAUACUAAGGGGAUUAUGAGUUUGUACGAAGCCUCGUUUCUCACCUUUGACGGAGAAAACAUUCUUCAAAUUGCUAAGCCUUUUAUAAUAAAAUGCCUCAAGCAUAUCAUGGCAAAGGAAGACUGCAGCCUUUCUGAAGAGGUAAAUCAUGUCCUUGAACUACCACAACACUAUAGACCUCCAAGGUUGGAAGCCAGGUGGUAUAUUGAGGCAUGUAAGAAAACAAGGGGUGAUAAUGACUUUUUACUCGAGCUUGCUACGUUGGAUUUCAACAUGGUACAAUCUCUAUAUCAAAAAGAACUCCAAGAAGUAUCAAGGUGGUGGAAAGACAUAAGGUUAGCAGACAAAUUAAACUUUGUGAAAGAUAGAUUAGUGGAGUGUUACUUCUGGGCAGCUGGAGUUACACCCCAACCUCAACUCAGCAAGGCUCGCAUAGCCCUAACAAAGGUUUCUGCAUUAAUAUCAACAAUUGAUGAUAUCUAUGAUGUUUAUGGAUCUCCCAAUGAGCUCCACCUAUUUACAAAUGUUGUUAAAAAGUGGGAUCUUGAUGGGGUGAAAGAUCUUCCAGAUUACAUGAAAAUAUGUUUUCUUGCUCUCUACAACACAGUAAAUGAGUUGGGAGAUGAUACUGUUAAAGAGCAAGGAGUAAAUUCAAUACCCAUACUUGCAAAAAAGUGGGCAGAUAUGUGUGAAGCAUUCUUGGUGGAAGCAACUUGGAGUAACAAGAAGGUUACACCACCUCUUAAGGUUUAUCUUGAGAACGCUUGGGUUUCUGCCUCAGGGAGUGUCAUUCUUUCACAUGCUUAUUUCUUGAUCACUCAAAAUAUCACCAAUGAAGCAUUAGAUGCCUUGCAGAAUAACAAUGAUCUUCUAAGAUGGUCAUCCAUGAUUUUCCGCCUAUGCAAUGAUCUAGCAACCUUUAAGGCAGAGUUGGAGCGGGGUGAAACUGCGAAUUCAAUAUUAUGUCACAUGCAAGAAAGUGGACACUUAGAGGAUGAUUCACGUGACUAUAUACGAUAUUUACGUGAUGAAGCAUGGAAGAAUCUAAAUAAAAACAAAACAUCUGAUAAUAUUUCUCUGUUUGGGAAGCCAUUUAUUGAAGCGGCAAUUAAUCUUGCUCGAAUUUCUGAGUGCACUUACCGGCACGGAGAUGGGGUUGGAGCUCCGGAUAUUAAAUCAAAAAAUCGGGUCUUAUCCUUGAUUAUUCAACCAUUGUCCUUGCAUGGGCAAGAAUGAAGACAUUUCUUUAGUCAAAAGAUGGACUCAUAUAUAUAUAUAUAUAGAGAGAGAUUUAGGCUCAAAUACGGCGGGGAGCUCCCAUGCAGUUGUGCAACUUAAUCUGCGUCGUCCGAUUUCAUUAAUCCAACUGCAAUUCGCAUAUGUUUCAAUGGGGUUAUUAUGGUAAUUUUAGUAUCUAUAUUACGGGAAUUGAAAUGGUGCAUUUUAUGAUUUUAGUACAUGAUGUAGUGCGUUUUAAUACAUGCUGUAGUGUUAUUAAGUAUGUUGGUGCAUUAACUGUGUUGUGGAAUGAUGUGUUUUAAUCUAUCUGCUUGCUCAUUUUCAUACAUAGAAUGGUGUGUAACUGUGUUGUGGAAUGGAAUGUUUUAAUACGUCA